GAAGUGAUGGCAGCAGAGCAGAGAGAAACUUCCUGGAAACUUGUUGUAGUGUGAAGAGGGGAGAAGUAAGAGAGGAAGAGAGCCAGCGCUCAGAUCACCGAAAACAGAAGAGACACAAAGAGCAUUAAUCCUCUGGAGAGACCGACCACCUCGAGCUCUGAAUCAGGAUGUUACUUCUCAUCUUGGCGUCUCUGUUCUUGUCUGUGAGCAGCAGCACUACAGGUAAUACCACGCCGGUGACCGAGACCAUCAAUCCGUCUGCCACGCCGACUGAAGGAAACCAGACUACAACUUUGGCCGAGGGUGCCAAGAACAGCAGCAGCCCCACCACGCCAACUGUAGGAAACCAGACUGACACUGUGACCAUAUGUGUGAGCUUCGACAGAGCAGAUCACACUUUCCUACAACUACUCAAAGGAUUGUGGUGCAUUGUUCAGCAGCCACGAGUCAUCAUCGCAUUUGUGACUGGGGUUCUUCUUUCAGCAACCAUCUGCUGUUUGGCUAGAGCAUGCCACAGAAAAAAGAGGAGAUCUGAAAAUUUGGCUGAGAACAUGGAGAUGGUGACCACUGAAACAGGUGCAAUGAUCGAUGAUGGCCAAGCAGUGGAAUUCAACGACCGUAAUCAUGACCAGGCUGCUGAGGCUGCUGGGACAUCAGCGCCUGAUGGAGACCAGGAAUUCAAAGAGGUGGAGUACUCUGACAUCAUGUUCUGUGCGUCACAGUGCAGUCUCACAGAGGCCAGGGACGCUCAAGACCCCACAGAGACAGAGUAUGCUGAAAUUAAGAAAGGCGCACCGGAGGAGAGACAAGACGAUGGGGGCGAAGGAGGUGAAGUGUUGGAGGACAACAGGGAGGGGGAGGAGGAGAUGGUAGAGGAAGAGAUGGAGAUGGGACUGAGUGUGUCAGCAGGGGAGGAAGGUGAGGAUGGGGAGGUGGUUUCUAAAAUGACUUAAAGUAGAGAGCGAGAGGAGGCCGGGGGGCAGUACAGAAGUACAUGAUUGUGUGUGCUUGUGUGUUUAUGAGUUUGAUGACAAAUCUUUUUAGAAAAAGGACACAAGUAAAAUGGCAAAGACCGAUUUAUCGAAAAGGCCAAUAGAAAACAGCCAAAAUAUGAUUUUUUACACACAUAUUGUUUAUUUACAGCCAUUUAUACCAAAUUCAGGGUUAAACUUUAAAAUAUCAAACCUCAAUGACAUUUCUUCAAGGAUUUGAUGAGGAACAUUCUAGGUUUUUUAGACAUAAAUUUGAUUGUUAUUACUUCUAAGUAUACUGAAAGUGAAUGUGUAGUUACUAUGAAGACACUGAUGUAGGUUAUACACCUGGAUUUUUUUUGUUCAUAUGUUUUUAUUGUACACCCGUGUUCAUGGGAAAGUUGUCUGUGUCUGAAACAUACUGUAAAUAUCUGCUGAUGGCCAGUGCGCUUCAUGCUUCAUAAUGUCAGUAUAUGAAUUCAACGUAAACUGAAAUUCAUUGAAAAACUAGAGUUCUCACCGCUUGAGCCUUCUCCCUUCUCUAUGCUCCUUAGAAGUAGAUGAAUUUGUUCAUGAAAUUCCUUCUCUGAUAAAAGAUCUUCAUAAAUUCAGUUGAAUGAUUUUAAAA